AUGAAAAUUUUGAUAACAUUUCCAUCAUAUGGUAAACUGACUUUAAUAAAUGAUUACACUAGAAAAGAAUUAGAAAACAAAUAAUUUAUUUAAUAUCUAACAACAAAAGACUAAAAACUUUAUCAAUGUCCUAAUAAUCCUAAUCAUAUUUUAACUACUUUAUUAUUGAGAUAGCAAUAUUUGAACCCUUACUAUGGUAAAUUGGAUAUAACUCAUAAGAAUUUAAAUCAUUUUUUUGGCUAUAGAUCAGAUAUUUUUUAAUGUAAAUCAUCUAAUUACUAAGUAUUACCUGAACUUGCAGAGAUGAAACAAACUGGAACCUUUUUUUCAAAUGAUGCUUCAAUUGUUAGUAGAUUAUAAGCAUUAAAAGACAAUUUUAAUAAAUUUCGAAUAAGAGGAGCCUAUUUACAUAGCUAUUAUGCUGGUGAAUUCAGACACAAGGAUUUUUUUUGGGCAGAAGAAUAAUUGUCUCGUUUAAUAAAUGAAUAUGACGAAUUUGGAACUUUGAAUAAUUCACAAAUUGAGACCUUAAGCAAUGAUGAGUAGUGA